AUUUUUGGAAUCGGAAAAAUGGGAUUCUAAGGGUGAUGUUGAAGAGAGGACGAGCUUUGAGUGUCAACAGUUGGCUCCAGUAAGAAAUCCAUGCAUUCCAAAGAGAAUUGCAGAAACGACCUCCGAACUGCGGUCAUUCAACUCAGCGAUCGCUGCCUCUACUCUGCUUCCAAAUGGGCGGCAGAGCAGCUUGUGGGGAUUGAGCAAGACCCAGUAAAGUUCACAACUUCAAACACAAGGUUCCAGCAUGGGAGUUCGAGCAUCCAGAGAAGAUUCCGCAUCAAUGAGUUGACUUCUACACCGGCCACUGGUGUGUCUUAUGUAUCCACUCCAGUAAUGGAAGACAAUGAGGUGGUGAAUGGUGAUUUCUAUCUUCUAGCAAAAUCGUACUUUGACUGCUGAGAGUAUAAAAGGGCUUUUCAUGCCCUUCGUGAGCAAACUGGGAAGGAAUCGGUCUUCCUGCACUGUUAUGCUCUUUAUCUGGUUAGUUAGUUUUAUGCUCGUUUCCCUUAUCACAUACUUUUACAUUGUAUACUUUGUGCUUAUUACUAUUCAUUAGUUAUGGCAUAAUAGCUACACUUAUGAUUGGGAGCUUCUUAUGGUUCUUUUGUUUGUCAGAAUGUGCUUCUCUGUAUAUGUUAAUUAAGAAGAACAUUGUAAUUAUAUUUGUUUGAAGGAAAGAAGACUUCCACAAGUUUGGUGGAAUAUUAUGGUACAUCUUGUCAUGGUGGAGAGUCUUUUGAGUUGUUAAUGAAGAUGAUUGUUAGUG